GAUACAUGUUUCUUUCCCAGAUGCGUACGCCCAGCACAAGUACAGAUCGGUGCUCUGCAUGCAUGUGGAGUGAGAGAGGAAACAUAAAGAGUAUGUGCUACAUGGCAUGCAGAGGAGAGGAGAGGAGAGGAAGGUGGGCCAAAGCGCUGAUGCCUGCCUGCAUGAGAAAGAAAGAUUCUAAUCCAACAAAGACAAGCAGGAAGAAACCCCCCCCUCCGUCUGCGCUCCUCACCAUCUUAUUUAAUUCCCUGCACGUUUACUGCCUCUCUCUCGAACUCCAUCUAUCAUUUCAUGCUUUCCCAUCUGUAGAAGCUAACACCUACUUUGGCUUGAGGAGGAAGAAAGCCAGAGAGAGGAAGGCCACGGCCACGGCCACGGCCGCCAUGGGACGAGCCCCCUGCUGCGACAAAGCCAAAGUGAAGCGAGGGCCCUGGUCGCCCGACGAGGACGCCAAGCUCAAGUCCUACAUCGAGCAGCACGGCACCGGCGGCAACUGGAUCGCCCUCCCCCAGAAGAUCGGCCUCAGACGCUGCGGCAAGAGCUGCCGUCUCCGGUGGCUCAACUAUCUCCGGCCAAACAUCAAGCAUGGAGGGUUCUCCGAAGAAGAGGAUAGCAUUAUAUGCAGACUGUACAUCAGCAUCGGUAGCAGGUGGUCUAUUAUUGCUGCACAUUUGCCGGGGAGGACCGACAACGAUGUCAAGAACCACUGGAACACGAGGCUGAAGAAGAAGCUCUUCGGCAAGCAGUGCGACGGCCGUCAGCCGCCCCGUAAGCUCGGCCGCCCCAAGCAAGAAUCUAUUAGUUACGGCUGUAACGGAGAUGGACUUGGCGUCCACCCUGCCGAUCGCUGGACUCCGCAGCCGAUGCAUCCGAUCGGCCACGCGGGACAUACCGAGGGACCGAGCCACGGAAGUCCUCUCGUUGCUCCGGCAACGCCGCCGCUGCCCCUGCCGAUCUGCGACUCUGCCACCCUGCUCUCCUCUUCCCUGCGCCGCGGUUCGUCCCGUGAAGAUUCUCAAAGCUCCAAUGGCUUUUCGACCGAGCUGGAUGAGCUGUUCCAGUUCGACUCGGUCAAGUUAGAAGGAUUCGACUGCUUCGAUGGAGCUGAAGGCAUGAACUGGAACGAGGAAAGCUCUUUGAUGUGCCCAGACGCGGUGCAGCAGUGGCCACCAUUGGAAGAGCCAGUGCGACGGGGCAUGUGGUAGUGGUUCGUGUACAUAUAGUAGCUGAGCUUCUGUAGAUCUGUAGCAUUUGUGCAGGUGCUGAAAUUUUCUCGGAGUAACCCAAAUAAACUUCCAUCUCUGAGAGAGAAAGAGAGUCGCUUUGUGUGUCAUUCCUUUUGUCAUUUCCUCCCCUUCUUUGGAUUCUCCAUAUUAGAUUGUAAGAAAUGAAUGCAUGCUUUGUUUACAGUACCGUUCACAA